CGACGGCGACGGCGGAGCCCGUGACGGACGAGGCUAACAACAUUAGCAUCCACGGCAAGCCGGCGCGGAAACGCAAACAUGUGACAGGAGGGGCCAAGCAGAGUUGAGCGGGUCAGUCCGGCGUUGUGUUGCGUCAUCACGCCGGCCCGCCGCCGCCGCUGUGCCCGCUUGACGGCUCUCGCGCUGCACGCGCGCUUCGCCUUCCCCGCCUCCAACGUUUCCCGGCCUCCAAAGCGCUUUGAAGAUAAAAACGUCCUUCGGCGCUUCGGAUCUCACAAGACGCGACCCACUAAUGAGAUAUAUCUUUUUUUUUCCUUUCUAUUUUUACACAUUGUCGCCUCUUGUGCGCAGUCGCCCAAACUUGUGCUCAUUUAUCUAAAUCGUUCAAAUGUCACACAUUCCGACUCACUUCCGCUUGUGUGUUGUGUUGUGCUUUUGUGUGUGUGUGUCAUUUCCCGACUUUGGAGAUAAAAGUCCGCAACGUCGGGCAGUUGCAACGUCUCUGCGUGCGUUCAAUGACAUAUUUGAAGCGGGCGUGUCGUUUGUGUUGCCGAACAGCCGACAUUCUUCGCAUGUUUGCGUGCUGUCGCAAUAAAUAAGAACAUCACCCGGCGCGGGAAGCAAAAGCUAUUAUUUUUAAUCAAUAUUUUAAAAAAUAAUUAAUAUUGGCUAAUAUAUAUAUAUUUUUUAAAUUAACUUCGAAUUCAAUCCCAUGAAUAUUUGUAAUAUUACAACCACAUAACCUUUUUAAUUUGUACCUUUUCUUUUAAUAGUACCAAAUGUUAAUGUUGAAUUUAUCAUGACUUUAUUACUUUUUUUGUUUUUGUAUUUCGCAAUAAGAGACGUUAACAAUGAUUUUCAGUAGUGCAACAUUUUAAUUGUAAAAUCAAAUAAAAGAAUUGGCAGACAAUCAGCAGACAAUUUGAAUUCAAAUCUUAUGCGUAUAACAUAUUGAGAGAAAACAAAAAGAUGAAAAUAUUCUACCAAAAAUGCAUACAAAUAAAGCGUAACAACUGUAAUAAAAAUAAAAAAAGAGAAAAAGCUCAGGACAACAAACAAAUGAACCGCUAUGUUGCAUAUCACAAAUAUAGCAAUAUUCAGUAAUAGUUUUAAUAAUGUUUUUUUAUUUCAUUCUUAAAGGUGCUUCAUUAAUAUUUUUACAAGAAUAAUUUUAUUGGUGCAAUGUUUUCAUUUGUCAGUUUUAAUAUAUUUUUAACGGCAUCGGUUGAUUGUAUACCACCACCUACAAAAUAUUGCAACAUAAUGUAAAAAACGACAUUACAUUUUAGUAGUGCAAAAGCAAUAUUUUAUGUCAUUUAAUAUUGAAAACAAAAAGAAUUGUAAUUUUUGAUAUUGUACUUUGCCCCUAAAAAUGUCAUCUUUAAAAUAAUUACAGUGAAUGUUCAUUUAUCAAUGUCAUUGACGUAAUUAAAAAAAAUGUAUGGUAAAAAUUUGCCAUUUGGGAGUAAGGCUGUAUCAUUAGAAAAAUGUGGAAAAAGUGAAGGCUCUGUGAAUAUUUUCAGAACGCACCGCAAACUUCAUGGACUGCAUGUCACUAAAGUAAAAACUUGGAACUUGCGAGUUAACGUCAACGCACUUUUCCAGACGGAAAGCGGCGGCCCCUUCCGAGACGGCGUCCGCAGCCGCCCCGCCGGCGCCCCGCCGGCCCUCCGCAACGGCGACGCGGGCAGGACGCCCCACGCCCGCUUCCCCAAGCCGCAGAGGAGGGAAGCGGAGAACGGGAUCGUCGGGGAGCGUUCGUCCUCUUCCUCUUCCUCCUUCUCCUCCUCUUCCUCCUCGCGCCGGCCGGAAGACGGCGUCCGGGGUCCGAGUCCCGGCGAGACGGACGACCGGACCGCGCCGCACAAGAAGCGAGGGAGGCGGAAACUGGAGCGGCCCACCAAAUAUGUGGAGCACGCGGAGGAAGACGACAGCGAAGCGGUCAAGAACGAGGGCGAUCGCGCGAGGCUGCGAGGGGGACUUGGCGGGGAGAUCGGCCUUCGUCAGAGACCGGUGCCCAGAAUAACCUUCCAGGCCGGAGACCCUUAUUACAUUAGCAAGCGGACCCGAGAAGAGUGGUUGGCCAAGUGGAAGAUGGAGGCGGAGAAAAAGGCCAAACUGAUGUCAGCCAUGAACGCCAUAACGGAUCCGGACCCAGGCAAGGAAACCGAGAAACCGGAAGACGAGAUUUUGUGCAGUCGGCGUCUGCCAGCUUCUAAAGGGCCUCCGCCGCAGCAACGCCAGCCUCCGUGUCCACCUCGGCGUCCGCCGCCAUCGCCGUCUCCGUCUUUGCCGCAACAGCAGCAGCAGCAGCAGCAGCCCACCGACCCGGCCUCGCCUACUGUGGCCACCACCCCGGAGCCCGUCGCCAUCGCAGGCGGAGACAAGACCUCCCCCGAGGCUGCAGACACAGAACCCGAGUAUGAGGACGGUCGCGGUUUUGGCAUCGGCGACCUGGUCUGGGGGAAGCUGCGAGGCUUCUCGUGGUGGCCGGGCCGCAUCGUGUCCUGGUGGAUGACGGGACGGAGCAGAGCCGCCGAGGGGACCAGAUGGGUCAUGUGGUUCGGGGACGGCAAAUUCUCAGUGGUUUGUGUUGAGAAACUCUUGCCCAUAAGUUGCUUCAACAAUGCCUUUCACCAACCAACCUACAAUAAGCAGCCUAUGUACAAAAAAGCAAUCUACGAGGUACUACAGGUUGCCAGCAGCCGGGCAGGCAAAACCUUUGCGCUCCGUCCAGACAGCGACCGCACUGAAACCUCCAAAUCUGUGGAACUCCUCACCAAGGAGAUCAUCCAGUGGGCUAUGGGCGGCUUUCAGCCUGCUGGACCCAAAGGCCUCGAGCCACCGGAGGAGGAGCGCAACCCAUACAAGGAGGUCUACCCGGAGAUGUGGGUGGAGCCCGAAGCCGCCGCCUACACGCCGCCGCCACCACCCGCGAAGAAGCCACGAAAGAGCAACCAAGAGAAACCCAGGGUCAAGGACAUCAUCGACGAAGGAACGCGAGAGCAACUCAUCUACGAAGUGAGACAAAAGUGCCGAAGCAUCGAGGACAUCUGCAUCUCCUGCGGAAGUCUCAACGUUAGUCUGGAGCAUCCGCUGUUUGCAGGAGGAAUGUGCCAGGGCUGCAAGAACUGCUUCCUGGAGUGCGCCUAUCAGUACGACGACGACGGCUACCAGUCGUACUGCACCAUCUGCUGCGGCGGACGGGAGGUGCUCAUGUGCGGGAACAACAACUGCUGCCGGUGCUUUUGCGUGGCGUGCGUAGACCUCCUGGUGGGCCAGGGUGCCGCCCACGCCGCCAUCAAGGAGGACCCGUGGAACUGCUUCAUGUGCGGCGGCCCGAAGGGGGCCUACGGCCUCCUGGAACGUCGCCCCAACUGGACCUGCCGCCUGCAGCGUUUCUUCGCUAACAACCACGAUCAGGAUUUCCAACCGGCAAAACUUUACCCGCCGAUCGGGGCGGAGAAGAGGAAGCCGAUCCGAGUCCUGUCGCUAUUUGACGGCAUCGCAACGGGGCUGCUGGUCUUGCGCGAGCUGGGCAUCCAGGUGGAGCGCUACGUGGCCUCGGAGGUGUCCGAGGACUCCAUCACGGUGGGGCUCGUCCGCCAUCAGGGCCGCAUCAUGUACGUGGGCGACGUCAGGAGCGUCACGCGCAAACACCUCCAAGAGUGGGGUCCUUUUGAUCUGGUCAUAGGUGGCAGUCCGUGCAACGACCUCUCCAUUGUCAACCCUGCAAGGAAAGGCCUUUACGAGGGCACGGGCCGCCUGUUCUUCGAGUUCUACAGGCUGCUGCACGAGGCUCGGCCCAAGACGGGGGAAGAGCGACCUUUCUUCUGGCUCUUUGAGAACGUGGUGGCCAUGGGCGUCAGCGAUAAGAGGGACAUAUCUCGCUUUCUGGAGUGCAACCCGGUGAUGAUCGACGCCAAGGAAGUGUCGGCCGCCCACCGCGCCCGCUACUUCUGGGGUAACCUUCCUGGCAUGAACAGGUCGGUGGGUGAAUGGCCUCUGACGGCCAUGUGCAAUGAUAAGUUGGACCUGCAGGACUGCCUAGAACACGGCAGAACCGCCAAGUUUGACAAGGUGAGGACCAUCACCACCAGGUCGAACUCCAUCAAGCAGGGCAAGGACCAGCACUUCCCCGUCUUCAUGAACGAGAAGGAGGACAUCUUGUGGUGCACCGAGAUGGAGAGGAUUUUUGGCUUCCCGGUCCACUACACGGACGUGUCCAACAUGAGCCGACUGGCCCGGCAGCGUCUCCUCGGACGAUCGUGGAGCGUUCCCGUCAUCCGCCACCUGUUUGCACCACUCAAAGAUUACUUCGCCUGCGUUUGAGCGCCCCCCUUUGACCGCCCUUUUUGUGGCGUCAGAGCCUUGAGCCUUCAGAGUUACCCGCUCAGAAAACGCGUAGGUGCAGACUUCACACGCUCUAUUUGUUAUUCUUAUUUAAUUUGUUUUUCAACAGUGUUAUUGUCACCUCGAUUUGUUUUUGUGCGAGCUAUACUUGAGACUAUGCUUUCGGAGAAGAGCUAAACGUGGGUGGGGCGAGCGUACUGUACGUUUUUUUGCCGUGCUUCCGGUGUAAAGGGAGCUCUGAGAAUCCCCCCCCUCCCUCCCCCCCAAAAAAAACAAAAAAAACACCAAGAUCACAUAUACCUCUUUGUUUACAGCUUCUGAAGGUAAUAAAAUAAAAAGGUACUACUACUGUAAUAUGGCUACAAUGCCAUGGUGCUCUGCAAUGAAGGGAAAUGUCGUCCACUGAGCUCUUCGCUUGGGGAAAAAAAACAAAAAACGGAGACAAAAAGGCAAGCGUUCAAAGCGUUGGUGCUUUUUUUUUGCAGCUUUUCUACAAGUUCUUACUGGUGCUCCCUUCUUCACAACGCGCCUUCCUGGAGUGCACAACCUAAGCUAAAUGACGACGUUUCCCAUCAUUGGAAAUAAAAAACGUCGAGUUCCAUUCUGACCGACGACAUUUACUGUACAUUCAGCGUGAGGCUCAAAAAAGAAUUUAAAGAAAAAUGAAAAACAAAACCUCAACAACAUGGUGCGGCUUCACAAAAAGUCCUUCUACCUUUUUAUAGCAAUUUUUUGUGUGCUGUUGUAUCAACGUUAUAAAAGCACUUUUAUACAGUACUUUUAUUUCCUUUUUGUAUUUGAUUUUUUGAAUCUAGAUUGAUGUGAUUUGUUUGACGAUGAUGUGAACUACCCUGGCGCAAUACUUUUUUUGUACACAGUAGGGCUGUGCCAAUAGUAUGGGGGGGGGGGGGGGGGGGGGGGGGGGGGGGGGGGAGUGCAUUAUUAUUAUUUUUUUUCCUUUUUCCUGGAAGUUUUUAAUUGUAGAACUCAUUGUCUAGUCAGCCCCGCCUCCUGCUUUUGGUUCUGUCGUAAAGUGGCAAUUAAUAUACGUCGAGUGUCAUACCGCCCAGGUUUUGUUAAGAUUGUAACGCGUUUGUAUAAAACAGCCUUUCUCAACAACGACCCCCCCCCCCCCACCCAAAAAAAUAAAAUCGAAACAAAGAUGACUGCCAGUAAUGUCAUGUUCACCUCAAAAAUCGAAUUUGAUAGAUAUUCAAUAUUUUUUGAGAGAGGAGGAAUAACAAUGUAAAUGUGUAACUAAUAUUAUAUCAGAUGCACCCCCUGGUCGUACCUCUGUUUGGGAAUCCCUGGCAGAAAAUAUUUUUAAAUGCUUGCGCGUAACAUUAAAGUGGACUAACUAAAUUAUCCGGAGUUCAACGUUGGCGCGCCCCCCCACCCCCGGAAACCAAAACGGAAAUCAGAACAAAGGCCGAUUUGCACGUAGCGAUGAGGAUUUUGUGUUUAUAUGGUGAAAAAAAAAAAGAAGAAGAAUCACACUCGGGGGGGACAAUGUAAAUGUGUAAUUAUUAUAUCAGCCGCAUCACCGGGAGGGCGCUCGCGCACCUUCUGUCUUGGGAAUCCUCGGCAGAAAAUGUUUUGCAAUCGUGGCGUUUCACAUUAAGGUGGAGAAAAUGAGCUGACUCAAUAAUCUCUACUGUAAAUCGCGAGCGUCGGUCUGCCUCAAUCCCUUAAAACGAUACAAAAAAAUCUAAACAAAGCCGGUUUUGCACAUAGCGAUGCGGAGUCCACAAUUAUUUACACUUGCGCAGGAAAAAUAUAUUUCUCAGACAAAAAUAAUCAAAACCGGCAAUUCUGCACAUAGCUACGUGGAUUUUACCUUCAUUUGGCGACUAUGUAAAUUUGUCAUUAUUUUACAGGACUUUCACGCCCGCCCCCCCCCCCCCCCCCCUCCCGCCCUGCGGGAAAUUAACAUAAUUAGCUGCGCUGUGCUACCUCCAUGGACGGAAUUAACCGAGUGAAUUCUCUUGAUUGUAACCGCGCAAAGCUUAGCGAAACACGGAGGAUUUACGUGUUGGUUUGUCAAUACGAAAAACUGACAAAAGUAUUAGGAGAAAAAAAACGUUUUGCGUCUCUAUUUAAAAUAGUUGAACUCAGUCUCUUAAUGUAAUUAAGUUCUUAAGUGACCUUAUCGCCAUCCGUUUCCUCCCUUCCCGCGAUCCUUCUGUCGUCUUGUCUUUGUACAUUUUUGUACAGAAACGUCGCCAUUUUGUUUUUUUGUCCCCGCUUUUUAAUGGAAAUGUACAAAUGUAAUUCUUGGCUAAUAUAUAAUCAAAUGAGUGUUUUUGUUUUGUUUAAAAAAACAAAAAAAUUAAAAAAAAUCAUGUGACACAUUUUGAUUGCGCUCUAGAUGUGGUUUAGUCCAGUGUUUGCCCACUUUUAUUGAGCCAGAGCAGAUAUUUUACAUUAGAAAAAUGUCACAAAAAGUAUAUGUACUGAAAGAAAUGAUCUGGUCAUAAUUUCCUUAGUAUGAAAUGUGGGCCUGUUUAGUCAAACACAAAGCUAUUAUUCUGUCGUAUGAAUGGCAACAGGUUCAUUGAACCUUCUGCCAUCUAGUGGAAGAGCAUUUAAACAUUCUGCCUGUCAAUAUAUGUCGCUGGCAGAGAAAGAUCAACAAUGAUUUGUCAUAAUUAAAUAGUCAUUUUCAGAGCAAUUAUGUGAAAUUGGAUCAUUUGAGUUAGUUGGAGAUGACUGGUUUUAGUCUCAAGCGCCGGUGGGGACUUUCCUUUUUCCACGUUUAGCGACGUCACUGCACAGCCCGACAAACGCGCCGUGUUUGUAAGACUUUUAACAGAGGAAAUGUCGGGAGUUUCAAAUGGCGCUACACCUUUUCCGGCAUCUACAAAUCAGUUGUUGUUGUUUUUUUAUUUUAUUUUUUAUUUUUUUUUAAGUUCCUCGUAACGAUCAAACUAUUAUUUGAUAUAACUAUAUUAACUAAAGGCAUUCUAACUUUGUACUUGACGGGAUGAAAACAAAAAAACAAACAAAAAAAAAGGGUUUUCUUACGUUGUUUUAGACUUUAGAGGAUUGCUGUAGUCGGUGCUUAUCUGUGGGACGAUUGUGAGGAAGAAAAAAAAACCAAACCUGUAGCGUGAUGUAUCAGUACGCUUGUUUUUUUCUUUCCCCGACCUUCCACGCGGUGAAGUUCUCCAUGUCUAUUUUUGAACUGUUUGAUUCACAUCACUGGUCAAGGCGAGUCGCCGGAACAUUCUGCGCGACUUCCUUUCUAUACCGUCGUCACUGUUGUUUCUAGCCGAUGUAUUUUCUUUUUUUUUUUUCCCUCUUUGGAGUUCAGUUCUGACAGCAAAUGUAGCACUCAACCCUUCACACACACACACACACACACACACACACACACGUACACAUUCAGUACAAGUUAUGUUUAGUGUCCAGAGAGAAGAUAAAUACAUCGUAUGUAAUUGUGCUGGAGAACACUUGAAUAAAUGUAUUGGGGUUUUU